UUGCACAGCACGUAUGGAUCUGCUGGAUUUAUUUAUUUUAAGUACAAUUUACGAUAAGUAUCUCUUGAAUGUACAAAUUUUCUUCUUUUUUAUAAUUAUAAUUAUUUAUUAUUCUCGACAUAUUUUUAUAUUAAGAAAAAUCAGUUAAAAGAAAGUAUAUGUAUAUAUAUAUUUAGCAUUGAAAUAUGCUUUAGGCAAUUAUUUAGUGUAAGUGUAGAAGAAAGCGUGGUACGUGCGUUAUACAUGCAUCGUAUUACGUCAUACUGUUGCAUGCUACGUGACGUAGUAAUAUUGUACUGACAGACAAUAGAAGUGAUUGGAAGUGUUACGCACCGACGAACACAGAAGAAUGCGGUUACCUCUUUUGUAUCUGUCAUAAAGCAUUUUUUUAUAUGUUAAAAAAUUCAUGUAAUAUGUGUCGAUAUUAAAAUUUUUCGUUUACGAUAAAUACCCAAUUUGUGUAAAAACGAAUGAUACUUUCAAUGAACUGGAUUGCAACAUUGUAUAUAUAUAUGAUUAUAUAUGUAUUUGAAUUUGUGAAAAAUAUGAACAAACGUAUUUAUGUUAAAUAACUACGCUUGACGACGCCAUAUCCUCGUCAACUAAUAUGCGCAGUAAUUUAUUUAUGUUGCAUUGGCCAUGUAAAUAGAAAAUAUCGCGACUUUUAUCGUGCAUUAAUUAUCUCUAUACUUACUUGUCAUCUUUUGCGUAUUUGGUAAAAAAAGAAACGAAAAAAAAAAAAAAAAAAAAAAAAAAAGGAAAAGAAAAAAAAACGAAAAGGAAAAAAACAAAAAGGGAUAGGAACACCUGUUCCAAUAAAUUCUUACAUAAAUUUGAUACGUUUGUAGUGCUGUUAAGUUUUAAGUUCACAUUAUGAGUGCAUGGGGGAGAAAUGAAACAGAAGAAACGAAUCCAGCAAUUAUGCAGAGUCUAGACAGUUUAUCUAUUUACAACAGAGAUAUGUACAAUACAAAUCAUUCUUCAGUUGCUAUUAAUGCAAAUACCUCGAUGGAAGGUUUAUCGACAAAGAACAAACCUAAUAAGAUCGAAAGCUUCGUAUUAAUCGAUAAACAAGAAAGACUAAAAGUUUCCAAUGCUGAACAAUUUAUUAGGAAAUUGAAUUGUACCAACAAAGAUCAAAAAGUUAAAGUUAUAUCCAUUUUUGGAAAUACAGGUGAUGGAAAAAGUCAUACAUUGAAUCAGACAUUCUUUAAAGGGCAAGAAGUUUUUAAAACUUCGAACGAUCAAACUUCUUGUACAUUUGGUAUUUGGGCAGCAUUUGAUCCAAAUCUUAAUGUAAUAUGCCUAGAUACAGAAGGUCUGUUAGGUGUUACUAUUUAUGAAAACGAAAGAAUAAGACUUCUACUUAAAGUUUUGGCAAUAUCUGACAUUGUUAUAUAUCGAACACGUUCCGAAAGAUUGAAUAAGGAUUUGUUUAUGUUUUUGUCAACUGCAUCCAAAGCAUAUAGUCAUCAUUUUCGGAUAGCCUUACAAGCAAUGGGACAACGAGCAGGAAUGCCAAGUUCAUUAAAUUUGCUAGGCCCUUGUCUAAUAAUUCUACAGGAGACCAGACACACCAAACCUCUGAGCAACAAUGGUUCAGAAACUGCAGAGGAUAUGUUAAGAACUAGAUUUGGUCAAAUGAGACUCGAAAUAGAAUCAUUUAGUAAACUGAAAUACGUUGGACUUCAAACAUUGAACUCAUCCACCGAUUAUAAGCCUUUAUACGUGGUUAUAAAGAAUGAACUUGAUAAUACAUCGGUACGAUUUGCGAGACAUCCACAGCUUGUGUACAGUACUCUGAGACAUUUAAAUGAUAAAUUUUCUGGAGAAACUGGAAAUUUCUCCAAUAUCAUAUUCCCUGAUCAAUAUUUUAGCUGUCCAGUAAAAUGUCUCAGUUGUGGUUGUAGAUGUAGUAAUAGUAUGGGUCAUCUUAGAGAUGGAAAACCUCAUAGUAAUAAUGCUAGGUGCAGGUACCAAAAUCAAUAUGACAAUUUGAUAUAUAUAUGUAAAAAAUGUUAUAGCAAUGGGAGAGAAGUUAAAGUAACAAGUCGGAUACAAACUCAUAAUGAUAAAAGUUGGUAUGGCUUAGCCGUAUAUGCAUGGUAUGGUUCCAUAAUAGAAUGUCCUCACUGUGGUGAAAUUUAUAGAAGUCGACAAUAUUGGUAUGGAAAUAAGGAUCCAGAAGAAGUUGCUGUUUGCACUGAAAUCACUCAUGUCUGGAUUACGCCAACAGCCUCUAAUGUACCACAGAAUACAGCUCAGCGUGUAGUUGAUGGUAUGUCUUAUAUAACUGAAGCAGUUACUAAUGUCUCUUUACAACCUACUAAGGCAAUAUCUGCUUGGGUAACGGAUCAAAUAGCACCUUCAUAUUGGCGUCCGAACAAUGAAAUUAAAUAUUGCUAUAAAUGUAAAACACCUUUUGGUGCAACAGAUACAAAGCAUCAUUGUCGAGCCUGCGGAGAAGGUUUUUGUGCACAGUGUUCCUCUCAAACGAAAUGUGUGCCCUUCAGAAACUGGUAUACACCUGUACGUGUCUGUGAUACAUGUUAUAUGAAAGAUACCAGCUCUAAUAAUGAAGUUACUCAAUCUUUAGAAGAUGUAAAUGCUAGGAAAGUGACAGAGCAUGUAGUAUCUACCUUAAGUGCAGUCGGAACAGUUUUGAACUAUUCCAAAUCUUUCAUAAAAGACACUGUUAGACCGUCCUAUUGGGUACCUGAUUCAGAAGUUACUGGAUGUUGUAUCUGUAAUCAGAAAUUUUCUCCUAUGCUUUCUUUACAUCACUGCAGAGAUUGCGGACGUGGCGUAUGUCAAGAAUGUUCGCAACAUCGUAAACCAGUACCUCACAGAGGAUGGGAUAAACCUGUGCGUGUAUGUGAUUCUUGUAUUAAAAUUGAUUAAGUAUAUUUGUUCUUCAUAGAUAUAAAGUACAAAAAGGAACCAGUUUGGAAAAAGUGUUUUGGAAAAUUUUUCUUAUAUGUGCUUUUAUAUAUUUUUAAAAAUGAGUUAAAAUUUUGCAUAUAAUUAGUAUAAUCUGCAAAUUUUACAUUCUCUUAUAAAUUACAUUCUAUGUACUACCUCU